AUGGCUAACAACCUAGCCUACAGUACCACUUUAUACUUCAAAAAUGGCUAUCACUGUUCCCCGAUGAUACACCCUUCUCGCUACUUAGAAUCCUUGCGAUCAGAUGUUCCUUCUCGUCAGCCACCUUUGUUCCUCCAAUUGGUGAUCAUGGCAACUGGAGCGAGUACCGACCCUUCACAUGCCUCCCUAGCCAUGUCUUUGUACCGUCGUGCUCGCAAACUUGCCGAGCAGGAUGAAGCCAAGGAACCAAAUGCAUUCAUGUUAGCUCAUGCCCAAUGCUGGGUGCUCAUGGCCAGCUUCGAGGCUCAAAACACACUGUUUUCUCGCGCUUCCCUCAGCCUGGGGAAGAGUCCACAGCCACCAUCUCUGUUUCAGUCUCAUCUCGAGCCGCCGUCUUCGCGACACCUCGACUGGAUUGAGAUGGAGGAGCGCCGCAGAACCUGGUGGGUGAUUUACUCUGCAGACCGGUUAGUUUUCGCAACCUCAGCGUUGCCUUCCAUUAUUGACGACCGGAUGGUGCACACGCUGCUUCCUAAACCAGAGGAAGCCUUCACGAGCGGUGGCGAGGAGAUGCCUCAAGAACACACAAACACUUUACACCAUGCAUUGCGAGAGAGGUUACCACCCGUUUCGCGUCUGGGAGCACGUGCUCUCGCAGCUCAUCUCUUUUAUCGAGUUGUGGACUUGGAGACUACCGAGCCUCGGCCAGAGGCGCAGGGCGAGCACAACCUAGAAUCUUAUUGGGCUCAACAGCAAGACGUUGGCAAUGAUCUGCUUGCCCUCCUCAUCAGCUUACCCCAAGAUCUCCGCCUCCCUGCCAAUAUUGGGUGUCAAGAUACUAUCUUUAUCCACGUCCUGAUACGUACCGCCUUGAUGUGCCUUCACAAGACCGCAAUACGCAAAACAGCCGAAGAUGGAGGGCGGGGGACCGCUGCAAGCUUGUUAAGGCGCAGGGCCGGAGCAACUUGCUUGCUGCAGCUGCGCAAGUCAUCGCCAUCAUCCGAUCAAUCAGAGAGGAGGACUUGA